ACACUGGUACAGAGAGCAUACGGGGUCCUAUUGCCGCAGUUGCUUCUGCUAUACAACAAUAAGGAAGAGGCAAGAAGUGAUAUUACGAAGCCGAGGAAAUACUUUGACCUUCAGAAAUGUCUAGCUAUUCAUCCAACCGAUCAAUAUCCCAACUUCUUUGGAAUUAUUCUAAUGGUUUUUCCUGGUGGAGUCAGCCUAAUUGGAUGUAUUUCAGAGGCCGAGCGGCGGAAGUGGAUGGAUGAUCUGAACGAGGCUAUGGACACUGAAGUGGUCUCCUCAGAACUUCUUGAAUUCAUCGAAACUGUCCAAGGUCGUCACCCUGGCCCAAGCAAACUCCCUAAUGUAACUUUGCAAGAUGGUGACAACGACAAUGAUCGACACGUUCAGUUGCCCAAUUCUUUCAUUUCUGACUUCAAAUCAAACACUCUAUCAUCAACGGAAAUUCCUCUGAUUAUCACACCACUUAUUGCCAACGAUGUUAUGCAACAAUCCUGUCCUCCAUUAGAACUUGUCAAGUCUCCCUUUCUAGAUUCCCCAAUUGAAACUUCAUUUUCUGAAGAAGUGGAGUGUUGCCAAGAUGGUUGUUUAAAUGAAGUCACGAAUAUGCUGAAUGGCAUGUACCCUCCUAAUUGUGAGAAUGCAAAUGGUGACAAUACAGGAAAGGAAUUUCAAGAACCAAUUGUUCAGCUAAUUUCUCAAGAGGCGGCAAAUGCGAUUUUGGAGGAGAGCUGCAAUAAAAUUAGAGGGACCCUAAGUGCUCUUUACGAUCAACUUCGAAUUAAAGGCAUUCAAAUAGAUCCUGUACUUUAUCAAAUUGAUUUUAUUUAUAGUUCAUCAGUUCAAGAUAUUCCUGGUCCUUUGGAUGGCUUUCGAAACGCUGAUAACUCCUACGUAACUCGAAGCAAUGGGAAUAGUGCAGAAGAACUUGACGUACACGGUGAAGUAGACACAGGAUCUUUAAUGUCUGUAGGGCAAUCAAGUUAUUCCGGGUCCCGUGUGAGUUCUGUUCAGACUCUAAUGCCACCGGAAAUAGAGAAUCACGACGCAUGGCCCAAUGACUUUCGUCAGCCACCAUGCUGUUCUUCAUGCCUAAAAACUCUUGCUAGUGGAAUUCUAGAAAUUUCAAUGAAUCUAGUCACUUCUCAGACCCCUCCAAACCCCCAAACAAUUUGUCGUGUUCGCAGUCUUACAUCUUACCUUCACUCGUACUUACUUGAUUUAGUAAAAUCAAUUAGAAAUCGCACAAAUCUCCCCAGCGAUAUAUUAGUUACAGCACUUGCAAAAUUUGCACUAACAGAUCAAAAUUCACCGAUAAUUGUUCAAGCCUUGAUUGAGAAUGCUUCCGCAGAGGUUUGCGGACAGAUUCUGGAAGAAAUCAGUUUACUUGAUGACAAGACAGAGGAAAACUCGACCCACUUAGUCAAUGGAUUUGAUAAAGAUUGGUUUAACUCUCUUCCCGAGAAAGCUGACAUUGAGUGGCUGCUUCCUGGAUACAUUGCUUCGUGUCUGAUGCUCUAUCGAUUUACGGAGAGUAGAGGUGGUAAGAUGGAGGAAUUUGACAGGUCUCCUGAGGAACCCAUGAAAAAUGGAACUUCCCCUAAUAGCCAAAUUGAAGACUUGCUUGAAUCUCUUUCUGUCACUUUAAUUCAAGCCGUUUGUCAAGCCAACAAUGGUAAUUUUCCAGACAACAAUAUCCCUAUUCAACUAAGUCAAGAAUUUGAAUCUAUAUUCUUUGAACUCCUAAUGAGGAAACUCGACAGAGAAACGGUAGAAACCAUUGUGCCAGAAAUAGCUGAUUACAGAACCAUGAAUCCUGAUAAAUUCUUCCUAUGCAGAUUCAAUAGUCCUGAUCAAAAUACCACUUUGGAGGAAUUGCGAUCUUCAUUUGUUGGUGUCAAUGAAAAUGACUACUCUUUCAUGAAACUAAACUCCCUGGCAGAGUUGGAAGAUCAUUCGGCGCAUCUCCAUGUGAACCGUCAAGCUUUCCACGGUCUUGUUCCGAAGAAACAUGAAACGGGAAGCGCGGAAGAGAUGGAUCAGGCUGUGAAAGAUUAUGCCAACGUCAUCGCUGCUUUGAAGAGGGAAAACGAGAAUGAAAAAACCCAGUUACUUCAGGAUAUCAAACAGCAUUGGUUCCAUCGGCACUACAAUGACGCGUUUACCACCGAAUCUGAGUAG